CGCGCUCGUCAAGGCGCCGAGCAUGAUGACCAGCGAGGCUUUGCGGACUUAUAAUCUGCGAUUAGACUAGUGUAUCACUGUAGAUCAUGUAUAUCAACCAUGUAUAAUAAAUAGAACAUCUCAGCUGUAUAAACUUGUGAACCGUCUGGUGGAGAAGGAUUCCAGGUGGCCAUAGCUUCUCCGAAAGCACGUACUCAUACACCUCAUCCAUCAUGGCAACUCUCACCCAAGACCAAAUCAAAACCCUCGAACAAACUCGCCAGCGUCUCACCCAACUUACGCGUUCGUUGGGAUCUCUCGUCGCAAGCCUGAACCAAAGCGACCCUCUCCCAUCAUGGACCUCGCUCCAAUCCCAAGCAAGCAUCAUCUCGAAUAACCUCCUCUCCGCCUCGGAACAACUAAGCGCGAACCAAGACCUGCUGAGUUCGAUCGUCGCCUACCCAGGACCGGAAUACCCCGCGUCGACACAAGCGAGAAGCACCCUCGAGCAACUGCUACGAACGAAACUGGACCCACGCGUCGACGACUGGGUAGGGAGAGGUCGGACCCAGGCUUCGGGCGUGGGUGAUUCCGAGGCAGCGGAUAUGGCGGAGCUGUGGGCGUGGGCGCCCAUCGAAGCGAACCAGGAAGCCAGACGAAGGAAUUGGGGCGGGAACUUCACACUCGAGGAACGGGAGAUGGGGAUCGAGAAUGUGGUGACGGGGUUGAAGAGGGAGUUGGAGGAUGACGAUGACGAGGAAGACGAGGAAGAUGAAGAUGAAGACGACGACGAGGAUCGGGAUGGAGGCAACGCGGCAGAGGGCGAGAUGGAGAUCGUGGGUGCGCAUCGCAGGUCGGGCGGCGGGCUCGAGUUCGAUCUUGCGGUGCCUCCGAAGAUGAUGGCGCCCGAGGUGCCCUUGGACGGUAUCUUGAGGUUUAUGACUAUGGGGCAGGCGCCAAAACAGAGAUGAUUGCUUGAAUCUACACGAGACACCCUGUAUACUGAUUAAUUGUAUACUUGUGAUUCCGUACUAAAAGUUGGUAUAAAGACUAGACUAAUACAUGGAAGAAUGGGACGAAUAAAGAGUUGGAAAUCACUACCCGCGUCGUCGAGUAGUGGGACUCUUGCCAGACGGUUUGGGAGAAACACCAGUGCUCUCCGCCACAGGGGCCUUCUGGACAGCCUGUUUGACUGGCGCCUUGCCAGUCGGUUUCUUCGGCGCAGGGCUCCUCCAGUAAUAUACCAUCUGCGCGGCCAGGACGACGUUGAGCGUAAAGGCCGUGACGAACGAGUAGAGGAUCAGCUUAUCAUCCACUUCCUGCAGGGUGGUGAAGAUACGCGACAGGGAACCGACGAGGUAGUUGAACACCUACCAGUGGAUUAGCAUGGUCUGAACAAGUGAAAAAAAAAAAAAGAGAGAAAA